AUGGCAGCAUGGGAAGAGAGAUUAAACACCGAAUUAAAUGAUUGGAGAAAGGUUUCGGAAGUGAUCUGCGACAAGAGAGUGCAUGUAAAGUUGAAGGGAAAGGUACAUAAGUCUGUGGUCAGACCAACUAUGACCUAUGGUUUAGAAACUGCACCGCUGAGAAAAGUUGAAGAAAAUUGGAUAAAUAUCAAAGAAUAUUCAGGAAUCAAGACUGCGAUGGUAUGGACACCUGCUAAGAAGAAACGAAGAUCAUGGGGUAUUACUUCUACGGAGUCAUUUCCCAUGGCCACAGAGGCUGACCUGACAUUCGUAAGCAAGCAGCCCAUGGCUCGCGUGGUUCAGCCUUUCAUCUAUAUCUAA